GGUACCUGUCAAGCAGUCAAGCAGACACACCUGUACCUCGCACUAUAUCUAAACCACCUUACCCAGCUAAUUCGCCCACCGGUCGCACGGUCAACAUUCAACAUGGGUGAAGCAGACCGAAUUGGGCCCGACAUGAGCCCUAAAAAGACCAUGGCCGACCGACUGAACGGCGUGCGAAAGACCUUCUUCACCAAGCAAGGUCUCGUCGGCAGCUAUGACUAUGCGUUCCUUUUCCGACCGAACAUUCCCUUCAUGAAGAAGGCUCGUCGGGCGUCACCAUUCUUCGGCCUGAAUGACAAGAUGCCCGUUGUGCUGGCUUUGCUGCUCGGCUUUCAACAUGCCUUGGCCAUGUUGGCGGGUAUCAUCACACCUCCUUUGAUCAUGUCUGGUUCAGGCGGUGUCAAUCUCGACAGCGACUGGCAGCAAUACCUCGUUUCGACCUCUCUGAUUGUUUGCGGUAUUCUCUCGAGUAUCCAGAUCACUCGUUUCCACAUCUGGAAGACUCCCUAUUAUAUUGGUACCGGAUUGAUUUCGGUCGUUGGUACCUCCUUUGCCAUUAUCCCUGUCGCUACCGGCGCCUUCGCCCAGAUGUAUGACAACGGUUUCUGCCCCGUCGCCGAGGAUGGCACGAAGCUGGCCUGUCCCGACGCAUAUGGCGCCUUGAUCGGGACCUGCGCCGUAUGUGCGUUGACCGAAAUCGCCCUCUCCUUCCUCCCACCAAAGGUGCUCAAGAAGAUCUUCCCCCCCAUCGUCACUGGCCCCACCGUCAUGCUCAUUGGUGUUUCGCUGAUUGAAAGCGGCUUCCAAAAUUGGGCUGGCGGCUCUGGCGGGUGUGCAUCUCGACCGGAAGAUGGCUUUUUCAGACUCUGCCCAGAUAUUACCGCUCCUCACGCACUGCCCUGGGGAAGCGCCGAAUUCAUCGGUCUGGGAUUCCUCGUUUUCCUCACCAUCAUUCUCUGCGAACGCUUCGGAUCCCCAAUCAUGAAGUCCACCAGUGUGAUUAUCGGUCUCCUGACCGGCUGCAUUGUCGCGGCUGCUUGUGGCUACUUUGAUCGGUCGGGCAUUGACUCGGCGCCCGUUGCCUCGUUCAUCUGGGUCAAGACAUUCAAGCUGUCCGUGUAUGGACCUUUGGUGCUUCCCAUCAUGACGGUCUUUAUCAUCUGUGCGUGCGAGGCCAUCGGUGACGUUACCGCAACCUGUGAUGUUUCCCGACUGGACGUUGAGGGGAAUGAAUUCGAAACCAGAAUCCAAGGUGGCGUGUUGGCCGACGGCCUGAACGGCUGUCUGGCUGCGUUGAUGACCAUCACUCCCAUGUCGACUUUUGCGCAGAACAACGGUGUCAUUGCGCUUACGCGAUGCGCCAACCGUCGGGCUGGCUAUUGCGCUUGCUUUUUCCUGAUCAUCAUGGGUCUGUUUGCCAAAUUCUCCGCCUCACUGGUAGCCAUCCCAUCUUCGGUCCUAGGUGGCAUGACGACCUUCCUGUUCUGCGCCGUCGCGGUCAGCGGUAUGGCCAUCGUCAGUCGGGUGCCCUUUAACCGUCGCACGAGGUUCAUCUUGACGGCAGGUCUGGCCGUCGGAUACGGUGCGACUCUUGUCCCGACGUGGUUCGCCUACGUCUUUACCUACGAGGGCAACAACCGUGCCUUGAGGGGUUUCUAUGACGCCAUUGUAUUGGUCAUGGAGACCGGGUUCGCCGUCACCGCUUUCGUGACGAUGAUUUUGAACUUGAUGCUCCCUCACGAGAUCGAGGAUACCGACGAGGCCGUCGAAGGGGAUGAGGCCUCGUCAGCCACACAACCACUACCGCAAGGCAAGAGAUCUCUCACCAGCAGUAGUUUGAACGAUGGUGAUGAGAUUACAAAGGUCGAGAUGCCUCCGAAAGAGGCUGUGUAGGAAUGUUUAAUGGAUGUUGUUACGAUGGGGCAAGUGAAUUGUUGGUAUUGUGUUUUUGGAAAGUACUCUUAGAACGCUUAGAGCUUGCAUCGAUACCCAGGAUAAUGGAAAAGUUAUGUGCAUGGCCUUAUAUUAUGUUAUCGGUUG